AUGGCGAACCAAGUGGAAGGAAAAGGAGAGAGAUCUGAAGAUGAUUUCAUUCCUCUUAGAACAAAUACGAAACGAAAUACCACGGGACAGGAAGACAACUUAAUGAAAUCUUACUAUGAGGAAGUUGAAAAUAUAACACAGCUUUCUGAGGAAAAAAUUGAUGAAAUAAGGUGGCAAAAUGGGAUUGAGAUCCAAGGUGAAAAUUGCCCGAAGCCUAUAACAAGUUUUCAAGAUUUAAAGUUACCUCCUGAACUGCAGGAGUACUUGCAAGAUAAUGGCUACAUUAGCCCCACUGCAAUCCAGAUGCAGGCUCUCAGCUGUGUUAUGAGUGGAAGAGACAUCAUUGGUUUGGCAGAGACUGGGUCUGGUAAAACGUUGGCUUAUUCCUUGCCUCUGUGUAUGUUUUUGAAAACAAGACAGCCAUGUUUGCCUGGACAAGGACCUAUGGCACUUAUUUUGACUCCCACAAGGGAACUGAUGCGACAAGUGUUUGAUCAUAUUUCAGAAUUGUUGUAUUGUAUCACAACAAAGACUACAGGUAUGGUUUUACCAAACAAUAACCAUGGCAGUGUCGCUGAAAACAUCAAUUCACUUCAUUUGAAUUACUCAAACACAACAAGGAGUUCUUAUUUGAAUACACAUUUACCUUAUAACGUGAUGAACACAGGGUCACCAGGAAUGCCUGGCUGUCAUCCAGUAUCAAGUAAUUUAGCAUCUUUCCCUUACUUAUUCCCUGCAGCUUCACCAGUCAGCAUCAAAUACAAAUCAGUUGGAAUUUGUGGUGGUGUGCCAGUUUCAGUUCAGGCACAGGAGAUAAGGAGUGGAGUGGAUGUUGUCAUAGCAACUCCCGGAAGGCUUCUUGACUUGUGUAAACGUGGCCUCAUCAGUCUUAAUAAAGUGUCAUAUUUAGUGAUGGAUGAGGUAGAUAAGAUGCUUGGGAUGGGGUUGGAAGAACAGUUGAGGAAGGUUGUUGGACUUGCAACUAGAACUGAAAGGGCAAGACAAACACUGCUAUGGACUGCUACCAUGCCAGAUUCUUUAGACAGAUUGACAAGGUCUGCGGUGUUAGAUCCCAUUACAAUUCAAGUAGGACCUGUUGGGCUGAUAUCUCCUACUAUCCAACAAAAUGUCAUGUUUCUGUAUCAUUAUGAAAAAACAGAAAAAUUAUUACAAGUUCUUCGAAAUACACCUAUUCCUCCUGUCAUUGUAUUUACAUCAUCCAUCCAGAAUGUAGAUUAUGUCACAGAGUUACUUAAGGAGGAACAGUUCCAUGCAUCUGGCCUGCACUCUGAAAAACCUCAAGAAUACCGAUUUACUUUAGUGAGGGAAUUUCGUGAAGGCAAAGUGGAUGUGUUGGUGGCAACAGAUGUUGGGUCAAGAGGUCUUGAUUUUCCUGAAGUAACGCAUGUAAUAAACUAUGAUCUACCAGAUAGUAUUGAAGAUUAUGUUCACCGCUGUGGUCGUACAGGAAGAAUGGGGCAUUUUGGUGUUGCAACAUCUUUUUUGACACUUGACUGUAAGAUUGCUGAGCAACUAAAAGAAAUGCUGGAAGUGAUGGAUCAAGCUGUACCCAAAGAGCUUGUGAACACUAAACAGUUUGGCAAAAAAAUCAUUAAGACAGAGUUUGGUGAUAGAGUUGUAGAUUUUUGAGAAAGUGUUUUGCAUUACAAUGAAACUAUUGAUUUUCAAAGGAAGCAAGGGAACUUGAAAAAGUGUAAUAAAACCAUUUCCACCUUGUGUGAAAAAAGGUUAAGAGAAAGUUGUCAAAUUUUAUGUAGUUCAAUUCUGUGUUUCGUCAAGUGUAGAUCAGUUAUAGUACAUAGAUAGUGCUUUUAAGUUUUUCAACUAAGUAAUGUUUUAGUCUGUUUUUUCUUCUCAUCUCCAUUAAAGGUCAGUUGAAGUGGAUGCUUACUAGAAGGGCUGCACCCACCAUAGGGUUUA